AUGAACCCUUCCUCAAAAAAGAAACAAAGUAGUCAAAAAUUAACGAAUGCCCAAGAUGAUGACCAAGAGGAUAACCAAGAGGAGGAGGAUGACCAAGAGAAUGACCAAGAGGAUGACCAAUUACAAAGAACUGUGCAGUCAAUUAUGAAAAUUAUUAGUGAUGAGGAGGUCGAAUACUGUUUGGAGAAAGAUAAGAAUGGCCACAAAAAAGCAUUGAGUAUGAAUUAUGCAUAUGAUUUAGAAGAGCCGUCUAGUAUUGAAUUAGUGGAAUUCAUUAGUGAUGAAAUAUGUCGACAAACGCUCUAUUUUCAUUUGAAAUCUACUGACCAGCCAUCAUUGAAUAAAGAUCCUGAAAUACUUGCGAAACUUCGUACUUUUGUAUGUCAAGCUGUUAAAGCUGUUCUUAUUGCUAAGAAAAAUAGUCAAGAUACAUCAAGUGCAAUUAAAAAGUGCGAUGAAGUUACCCUUGAUUUAAAAAUACCAACGAAGCUUGGAGCUCUGCUUGAUUACUUAAUCAAAAAUUUUUUAAUGAAAGGUGUUUUUGUUUUUUGA